AUGGACUACAAAGAUGAUGAACUACGGAGAAACCUACUAGCCUUUGGGGCCAUCGAGAUCCUGAGUGGAACAGUAAUCCUAGCUCUGGGUUUUCUUCUGGGUUCCCUACAAGGCCUAUUUAAUUCCUUCGAGUACUUCUCUUUCUUUCUCAUCUAUACAGGCUACCCGAUAUGGGGCCCUUUGUUUUUUAUUGUUACAGGAUCCUCAUCUCUUGCAGCUGGGAAAAACCUCAGGAAAAUAUUGGAUGACCGCAUGGUUGGGAGGUACAUUGUCAGUGCUAUAAUCGCACUGGUUGGAGCUAUUUUGCUUUCGGCAAACUUAGCAUUUAAUAACGUGUCGUUGAAAAAUUGCGCAUUAUCACCAUCACCGGACUUGUGCCUUUACAUGGGCACCUCGAACAAUGGCCUGAUGACUCUAAUGCUGAUUUUUACCUUACUGGAAUUGAUCAUAACCAUCUCUACCAUAGUUAUAUGCUGGAAAAAAUAUUUACAUUUUUGGUCAGGUGAGGCUGAGGAGGGACGUGUCCCGUGUGCAGGGAGGACGGCGGCCCCUCCCGCCUCCACGGUGGCCCCUUCUACACCCUCCUGUGACGUCAGCGGCCGUCUUUUGAAGGUGGUAGUUUGA